UCAAUUCAGCUGCUUACAGGUCUGCCUCCCCCAAGGCCCCGACUCUGCCUCCCUCACUUCUUCGUCGCGGCCGAUUCGAGUAUCGUUGUCACCGCCCCACCUUGCCCGAGGUUGCAAGGUUCUCCUCUGAUUGGUCAGGUAGGUCAGCCCCCGACUCUCCUCUGGAAAGGCUUGCAGGAGAAUCAGCCGGCGCCGCCCUCACCCGGCUGCCGGACAUGGACACCGGCGUCAGCGGAGGAGGAGACGAGAAGGCAGAGUUCGACCCGUCUGAGAUAACCUACGUUAGCUACGGCGGGGAACAUCACCUGCCGCUCAUAAUGAACCUCGUCGACCAGGAGCUCAGCGAGCCCUACUCCAUCUUCACCUACCGCUACUUCGUCUACCUCUGGCCUCAGCUCUCUUUCCUGGCCUUUCACAAGGAAAAGUGUGUGGGCACUGUGGUGUGCAAAAUGGGUGAGCACCGGAGUACAUAUAGAGGUUACAUUGCAAUGCUGGUGGUCGUUAAACCUUACCGAGGAAAAGGCAUUGCGACAGAACUUGUAAGUAGAUCAAUCAGAGUUAUGCAGGAGUCGGGCUGUGAAGAGGUGACCCUGGAAGCGGAAGUUACCAAUAAAGGGGCACUAGCACUUUACGGUCGUCUUGGGUUCAUAAGGGCAAAAAGGCUCUUCCGGUACUAUUUGAAUGGAGUCGAUGCUUUUCGUCUAAAGCUGCUGUUCCCUCAGCCCUAUAUUCAUCCCUCUCUGCUCAUGGAGGCACAUGAGGAUUCCAUCCGAAGAUCCUCAUCCGAUACCAUCGAAGUAUCUCACUAGCAAUCUAAAGAAACAAGUAUCGUUGCUCGCCGGCAAGUGGACUGUGGUCAAGAUUUAGACAUGGAAGAGAACAUUGGAGGUGUGAGAUCCCAUCGUUUGAGGUCGAGGGGGCAGAAUGUUCUUAAACGGAACGAUGCAGUGCAAAUGAUUUGGAGGAAAACUUUAAUUGGGGUCAGAAUAAUCAGUUUGCUUAAGCUUCAUGGUGCAAAUUGUAACUUGCUCCAAUCACCAUGUAAUUGUAAUGAAAUCUAUUUUGAAAAUUUGAUAAUCUAAGUUGUCUAAUUUUUUUCUCCUCA